UACAUGUCAUCAGCAAGAUGAAGAGAGCGAUGCGGAUAAUGCGCGCCAUCCUUGUCCUCCUCAUCGCCGCUUCACCCGCCGCCGCCUCGCCCAGACGGUGCCAUCCCGGCGACAUAGCCGCCCUGGCGGCCAUCAGCAAGGCGUUCGGCAACUACUACUCGGCCUGGACGCAGCACGACUCCCAGUGCUGCGGCGGGGGCAUCCAUUGCGACCCUUUCACCGGCCGCGUCACCGGACUCUCCUUGUUCCAGGACGCAAACCUCACCGGCACUAUCCCCGACGCCGUCGCCGGCCUCGUCCACCUCGAGAGCCUCAUGUGGCACCACCUCCCGGCCAUUUCCGGGCCCAUCCCGCCGGCCAUCGCCAAGCUCUCCAACCUCUCCAUGCUGAUCAUCUCCUGGACCUCCGUCACCGGGCCCGUGCCGUCGUUCCUCGGCGCGCUCACCAAGCUCACCUUCCUUGACCUCUCCUUCAACUCGCUCACCGGCGUCAUCCCCGCGUCGCUCGCCGCCCUCCCCAACCUCAACGGCAUCAACCUCAGCCGCAACCGCCUCACCGGCGCCAUCCCCCCGCUGCUCCUUAGCAAGUCUCCUGACCAGGCCUACCUAGUGCUGUCGCACAACAACCUCACCGGCAGCAUCCCCGCCGAGUUCUCCACCUUGGGCUUCGCGCACGUCGACCUGUCGCGUAACGCCUUCACGGGCGACGCGUCAGCCCUCUUCGGCCGGGUAAAGGAACUGCAGAUCCUUGACCUGUCGCGCAAUACCUUCAGCUUCAACCUCUCCGGCGUGGAGCUGCCGGAGAAGAUCACCUCGCUGGACUUGAGCCACAACGCCAUCUACGGCGGCAUCCCGGCGCAGGUGGCCAACCUGAGCAACCAGCUGUUCUUCAACGUGAGCUACAACCAGCUGUGCGGCGCCGUGCCCACCGGCGGCAUCAUGGCCAGGUUCGAUGCCUACAUCUACCAGCACAACAAGUGCUUGUGCGGAGCUCCGCUUGCUAAUCUGUGCAAGUGAACAUGUGAUUAUCCAUCCUUCAGCAGAUUUCAAUUGUAAUCUUCAUCAAUUCCAAAGGAAUAAAUAAUAUGUUUA